AUGUUAGAAAAAAAGUUUGCUGACAUUGACAAGAAAUUUGAGAAUGUUUUAAAUAAGAACAAGAGAAAGUUAGAAAAUGCUCAGAUAAAGCCUAUACAUGACAAGUUCUUAUUUGCUCAGAAUGGUAUAACAGGUCUAAUUGCACCACCUGGGUCGGGUAAGACUUUCACUUAUCUUAAAAUGGCUGCACAACAACAAGAACUAGAUGAGAAGAACCCAUUUUAUGAGUUAGUUGUCAUUUGUAGUACUUCUGGUCAAUUUGACCAAACCGUCAAUUCGUUCAAAGAUAUUAUAAAGAAGUCUAAGUUAGUAUGUAUAAAAGACUCUGAGUUGUUAGAUUGGAUAAAGAAGUACCAAAGAAGAGUUUUGAAGUAUAAUGCUAUAAAUGAGUAUAUAAAUUCUAAGUUUAAAGACCCAAAUGAGGAAAUGCAGAGAAUAUUAGAGAAGAAACACUUCAGAAACAAACAGAAAGAGAUAGAAUACAUUUCGAAGAAAUUGCAAUCUUACGAUUGGAAGACAUACCCUCAUAGGUGUCUUCUUAUCUUAGAUGACUUUGCUUCUCAUCCUUUGCUUAAGAAUAGAGAACAAGAUAUGUGUCGAAUUCUUAAGAAGCUCAGACACUUUAACAUUUCAGUUGUCAUUU